CGUCUUCCGGCAUCUCUUCACCUUUAUCAUCGUUGCUUGCCUGUCGUCUUCUAUUUCCUUCACUCUAAUUGUUGUGUUGGUAGUCUCCAGUUGUGUCAAUCAUGCAGCGCGCUCUGUCCUCGGCCGCGCGAUCUUCGCUGUCUUCCUCCUCUCCAUACUCCAGAUCCGCCGGCAAGAGUUUACAACAACUCCGAUUCGCUCACAAAGAGCUCCGAUUCGGUGUGGAAGGUCGAGCUCAGUUGUUGAAAGGUGUCGAGACUCUUUCAAAAGCUGUCGCGACGACACUCGGUCCCAAGGGUCGCAAUGUGUUGAUCGAAUCAAGCUACGGCUCACCAAAGAUUACCAAAGAUGGUGUCACCGUCGCGAAAGCUGUCACUCUCCAAGACAAAUUCGAGAACCUCGGUGCUCGACUCAUCCAAGAUGUCGCCUCCAAGACGAACGAGGUUGCUGGUGACGGCACCACAACCGCAACAGUCCUCGCUAGCUCCAUUUUCUCCGAGACCGUGAAGAAUGUUGCUGCUGGAUGCAAUCCUAUGGAUCUGAGAAGAGGUACACAAGCGGCUGUUGAAGCAGUCGUUGACUUCCUGCAAAAGAACAAGAAGGACAUCACCACAAGCGCCGAAAUCGCCCAGGUCGCCACUAUCUCUGCCAACGGUGAUACACAUGUUGGCAACCUCAUCUCCAAUGCUAUGGAGAAGGUCGGAAAGGAAGGUGUCAUCACAGUCAAGGAAGGAAAGACAAUCGAGGACGAGCUCGAAAUCACCGAAGGCAUGCGCUUCGACCGUGGCUUCACCUCUCCCUACUUUAUCACCGAUACCAAGUCCCAGAAGAUCGAGUUUGAGAAGCCUUUGAUUCUGUUGUCUGAGAAGAAGAUUUCAGCUGUCCAAGACAUCAUCCCUGCCCUCGAAGCCUCUACUCAACUGCGACGACCUCUCGUUAUUAUCGCUGAAGAUAUCGACGGUGAGGCUUUGGCAGUCUGUAUCCUGAACAAGCUCCGAGGUCAAUUGCAAGUGGCUGCUGUCAAGGCCCCAGGCUUUGGUGACAACCGCAAGAGCAUCCUUGGUGAUAUUGGUAUCUUGACGAACGCCACCGUCUUCACGGAUGAGCUUGACAUCAAGUUGGAGAAGGCAACCCCAGACAUGCUCGGAUCCACCGGUAGCAUCACCAUCACCAAGGAGGACACAAUCAUUUUGAACGGUGAAGGAAGCAAGGAUUCCAUUGCCCAGAGAUGCGAGCAAAUCCGUGGUGUCAUGGCUGAUCCUACUACCUCCGAAUACGAGAAGGAGAAGCUCCAAGAGCGUCUGGCCAAGCUUUCUGGCGGUGUCGCUGUUAUCAAGGUCGGCGGUGCUUCCGAAGUUGAAGUUGGUGAGAAGAAGGAUCGUGUUGUUGAUGCUCUCAACGCCACCCGUGCUGCUGUCGAGGAGGGUAUCCUGCCCGGCGGUGGCACUGCUCUCAUCAAGGCUGCUGCCAACGCUCUCAAGGACGUCCAGCCGAGCAACUUCGACCAGCAACUUGGUGUUAGCAUCAUCAAGAAUGCCAUCACCCGUCCCGCACGCAGAAUCGUCGAAAACGCCGGUCUCGAAGGUAGCGUCGUGGUUGGCAAGCUCAUGGAUGAAUUUGGUGGUGACUUCAACAAGGGCUUCGACUCUGCCACUGGUCAAUAUGUUGACAUGUUGUCAAAGGGUAUUGUGGACCCUCUCAAGGUAGUCCGCACUGCUUUGGUGGAUGCCUCUGGUGUCGCUUCGCUGCUUGGUACCACCGAGGUUGCCAUCGUCGAGGCUCCAGAGGAGAAGCCUCCUAUGCCACCUAUGGGCGGUGGCAUGGGCGGCAUGGGCGGUAUGGGAGGCUUCUAAGCGCAGCGUUAAGCUCCGCGAAGCUGCCUUUCUCACUGCUACUUGCCGCUUGUCCUGGGACUUGUGUCCAAAUUUCCUGCGUUUUAGCGACUGUAUUUCAUUUGGCAUAGCUACACUCUCGGCGAGGACCAGGACGGUUGACAUUUUCUCGACAAAAGUUUCGGCUCUCGAUGGUUGACCUUCAAAAUGAUUGCAUCGGAACCGUUGGCGAGAGAUUUGUCGAUCGAACUUGUUACUGCCCACCUACCAUCACCUAACCUACUUGUCAAGAGACUUUGUACAUUGCGAUUUUUGUCACACUACUCCACUCAACAUUGUUUUCUUUCUUCGGAAAGAUUGUGUGUGUUUUUUUUAUCUACGCCAAAAAGCUUUUCCAUAUACAGGCCGAGGUCGGAACAGGGGGAACGGAAACGGUCAAUCAAUUUUUGUUUGGCGGGAUUCGGAUCUGGGUCGUGAUUGUGGUCGUGGUUUGUGGAUGUCUCGACGGUGAUGAGAAGGCAGCGAGAUGAGACGACGGAAAAGAAGUGAGUAGGCAGGCACUCUUUGCCUUAUUCGAAAACCCAACGGAGCUCGUCGGUGGUCACCGGCGGGUAAUUUGUAUCAUAGCCAGUCCCGUGUGUGGGUAGAAGGAGAGAGAGAGAGACAUUUGUGUAAUAAAAGUCGAAAAUUGUAAAAUUGCAUCACAGUCGUUCUUAGGUUCUGUAUAUCAACCGCGUUCUCCUUUGGGAUUGUCUGUGCUAUAUAGAUUGAAUGGAUGGCUUUUUUUCCCCUCGACUUUGUUGUACUCGAUGACAAUCCAAGGGGGCAGACUCCUACAACACAAUCAUAUCCUUCGCGGUCAGUACGGAUACAUAGCAGUACAUGACUGGGAGGGCAGGAACUCAC